CCUACGUAGGUGGACUGUUUUCAAAAUGGCUGCGUCCACGAAUGACAGUAAAGGAGCGUCUCUCUCCAAAUCCGAGUAUCUGAAACGUUAUUUAUCCGCAGAUGGAGACGCCAAGAAGUCAAGGGAGAAGAAGGCUAAAAAGAAAUGCAUUAAAGCUACAGGAAAGGGGAUGAAGAUAGUAGAUGACGACGUGGAUUGGAAACAGCUGACCCACGAGGAGAAGGGGAACGAAGAGGAGGAAGAGGAGGAGGAGGCGCCAGUGGUUGCUGAGGUGAUAGACGAGCGUCCAGAUGAGAUCAAACGCCUGGAAGCCUUCAGGACCAGCAACAAAUGGAGAGUGAUGGGAGCUGAUGAAGAGGUCCCGGAGGAGGAGGAGGAACAGAGAGUUCGACACGAUUCGCCAGAGCCCCUGUUGAUCAAAAAGACGCGACAUGAUUCGCCAGAGCCCCUGUCACUCAGAAAGCAGCGUCAUGAUUCGCCAGAGCCCCUGUCACUCAGAAAGCAGCGUCAUGAUUCGCCGGACGUCUCUCCGCCUAGGAGGAUUGGACAUGAAUCCCCCGAUGCGUCUCUUCGUAGACUGAAGCCUAGCAUUCCUCCUCCCUCAUCAUCCCAACCCCCCCACAGGACACACAGCAGAGAUUCAUCUCCGUCCAGGAAAAAAGCUAAGUCUUUGUCGUCUGCUCGUGUUGGCCAGCGCUCUUCAGGGUCUGACCAAUCCCCACCCAGGAGGCGGGCUCAGAACGGGCCCGGCUCAGACUCAGACCAAUCACCUCCAAGGAAAAGGACACAGAUGGGAAGGGCCUCUGAUUCUGACCAAUCACCGCCCAGGAGAAGGCGAAAGGGAGGGCAGAACUGUGAUUCUGACCAAUCGCCCCCCAGGAGGCGACCGCAUGGUGGGAGGGGCUCAGACUCUGACCUCUCCCCCCCUCGCAGGCCUGACCAAUCACAAUCUCGGAACAUGCUGUCAGGAGCCGCAGCAGGACUGGUAUCAGUGGACGUUCUAAGAAGAGAACAGCAGGAGAACCGACGCCGAGAAAAGAUCAACCAGCCGCUAGAAGAUGCGUCUCGUAAUGCGGAGACUGUGUUCAGAGAUAAGAGUGGGAAGCGGAGAGACAUCGAGACAGAGAGAGAGGAGCAGAGGAGGAUGGCAGGAGAGAAGGCAGAGAAAGACCUUAAAUAUGCUCAGUGGGGGAAAGGUGUGGCCCAGGGCCAGAUGCAGCAGCAGAAUGUUGAGGAUGCGCUGAGGGAAUCCCAGAAGCCUCUAGCACGGUCCUGUAAUGACCAGGACCUGGACAGGAUGUUGAGAGAGCAGGAGAGAGAGGGAGACCCCAUGUUGGCCAUGAUGAGACGCAAGAAGGACCGAGACAAGAAACUACGAGGAGUCAAAGAGAAGCCUCGUUACAAAGGCCCGGCUCCGCCCCCAAACCGCUUUAACAUUCCACCAGGCUACCGUUGGGAUGGAGUGGACAGGUCGAAUGGUUUUGAACAGAAGCGAUACACCAGGAUGGCUGAUAAGAAGGCUGUGCAGGAGAUGGCCUACAAGUGGAGCGUAGAAGAUAUGUAGAGAUGGAGACUGAUGCUGUUAGAACAUCUACACCAUCAAACUGCUACAACAAACCCAGCAGGCUCUACAUUACACACGCUGUACUGUGGAAAGGAAGUCAAUGAUUUGUCCAGUUUUUUUUCUGCUUUAUUAAACACUGUGUUUUGUAA